AUGGCCGCUGCUCGCUCGCGGGUGUUUGCAGGUAUAUGUCGGCCGACCGCCUAACAAUCAAAGGAGUGUCCCUUCUGUUUCUAUUCCUUAUUCUGUGGCUAUAUCGACACUGCCGUGUUAGGGCGGGGUCAUGAUCAUUUUCUGGACUUUCUUCCCGGAUUCAGGUUUUGGCACAUAUGCCAUGUUGACCGCCAUGGUCAUUUUACCCUAAAACAGUUGAGAUAUGAUAGAUUACCUGUGCUAAAUUAAACGCAUGCAAACAUCUAUACAGGUCCUAGAUUAGGAGGAAAAAUGAAAAAUGCACAGUAUAGAUUAGAUUAAUCAAAAGGUAUUUUUACGCUAAACAAUCGGUUUUAUCCGACCCAACAAACGGAGUGUGCCCAGUAAGAAGUGCUUCUCACAGCCAUCUCACAAAGGAAAUGUCCUUUGUUAUAUGCUUCAGCUAGUCGUAUUCUAUAGGUCGUCAUAACUCGCGAGUUAUCAGUUAGAUGCGUUCGCCACUACGACUGGCCAUUCUCUGUGUUAGUAUGCAUGCGCAAUAAUAAAAAUGCUAAUUAAAUUUUAGAAACGUGCAAAGAACUUCCGUGUGGUGUAACAAAUAUUCGCUUGGAAUUGAGAACGCAGAAACCUUAUCAAAAGAAAGAGAAAUUGAAAUCCAAAUUUCACUGGAAGCCUGCACUACGUAAGUAUCAUUAAUGUGUUUGUUACAUAGAAUUGUUUUUCGCACAAGGACUAUGGGGUCAACUUUUGGAUUGUUUUAUAACGAUCAAAUAUAAAGAAUGGCGGCAUAUUGCACCGCUCUCCUAUUUUUCAAAACGUUAAUUAAAGACGAUGUAUUAGAAAUUAGCCAAACGUGGACACAGGUUGCCGUUGUGUGUUGCCAUAGAAAACGAUUAUUUUAAAUUAAAAUGUUUAAGCUUUUUGAAUAUAUUUGUACAAAAUGGCAACGCACAACAAUCAAUUUACUAUAAAUAUACACUCUGGGUAUGUUAUUUUUUUUGCAUUUUGUGGGCUUUGAGAUUAUGUAAAAUUUAAUCAGAAACACUGCGCAAAAUGUUUUGAACUACGUUCAUGGGAAACUGAAUCUCUUUUUGUUUUCACAAACUGUGUUAAUUAAGAUAAUCUCAAACGGACUUGGGCAGUUUAGUUACAAUGAAGAUAACAAGAAAGCUAAGGUUGAGAUGGAAACAACUGCCUGACAAAUACAAGUUGAAAUUUAAAGUUGCAAGCGAAGCCUCUUUGGCGAUUUCUCAAAAAAUUUGAAUCAGCGUCAAAUAGAUAUUGGAUUAGCGUUAGAUUAAGGGUUGGGGUUAGGGUUAGGGUUAGGGUUAAGUUAGGAUUAGGGGCUAUGGCUCAACAUUUGUCGGGAAAUUAUUGUAUUGAUAAAUUCGGACGUGUUUAACAAUUAUUUUCUCAUAUAGUAAAUUCAAAGGUGGAGCUCAUGCUGGAAAUUUUGUACAGUAAUUACAAACUCAAAGAAUCAAUGUCUAACAAAAACUUGAUAUCACGAGCUGUUUUGCGAAAUUGACAGCAAUUUCAAUUCUGUUUAUUUUUUUAAACAACCUGUAAAUCAAAUUUUUCAGGUAGUUGUAUAUCUCUCUUUCCGCAGCUUUUUUAUGUGAACAUAAAAUUGUCUCAUUCUUAACCAAUCAGAAUUGAGUGAUUUUUAUAUGUUUAUUAAAAAUGGUAAUUUAACAUUUUAUCCUGGAGCUGCUGCUUACAUUUUCAAGAUGUCCGAAAAUUUGCAGGCCGUGCAAAGGCUACGGAACAGUUGGCAAUAUCAAUUACACAUUGCGAUUUUCCAAUUCGUGCGGAAAGUUUGACGCUCAGUGGCCCUUUCCUCAAACUGAAAUCUAUCGUUUCCUAAUUUUGUUGUCUUGCACCAUAAACCUGCCAAAACCUUACUUGAAUAUUCGGUAUAUAUUAUUCCAACAAUGAAUUUAAAUUCUGCCAGUAAUUGCAUGAUUAUAUCACAAUAUCAAUUCUGUUUCGCAGUCUCCGAAACAAACAAGACGCAGCUGAAAUAUAUUACUCAACAACUUUCUAGUCUGACUAGGAAUGGUAAUUGCUAUCCGGGAAAAUACCCGACGGCAAAAAGUCAUACGGUAAGUGCGUACUGUUUACUUUCUUCAUGAAUAAAAUCACUCUGAGGUUGUUAGGGUAUUUCACGGAGAGUUAUUUAGCACACCAAUUUAACUGCAGUGAUCCAGAAAUCCGAAGUCGAUAUAGCACUCUUGAAUUGAAUGAGCCAUUUCUCAAACCAGAAUGUAGAUAAUAGACCCAUUUCAGUUAAAUUAACGUAAAAAUGUCCUCGAACGUCACACAAAGUGCACGCAAGGAAAAAUGUCACCUUAUUACUUUAUUACAUGCAAAUUUUGCCACAGUUGAGCAGGUGCAAUCGGUCCAAACAAAAAUAUUUCGAAAUGUGAUAUAUCUUUCAACUAUUUGACAGCUGUAUGAUUCCUGUCCCAGCGAUAAGCAGAAUCUGGGAACAGAUUAUUUUACCCGAGCCAACGGGGCAAAGCGCUGUUUUGCGCGCACUCCCGGACCGCUUGAGGGUACUAAUUGCGCUCGAACAUAGCCAUGGAGGUGCAAAGUCAUCCUCUUUUAUGACGUGGACGAUUUUCGAUGUAUCUUGCUGUAAACAGUUUAUUUUUUGCUAAUUUGAAUUUUGCGGAAAUUAAAUUUAUAAAGUUGAAAACUUUUUUUUCGAUUUGAACUCAAAAAUGCUUUGAAGUCGUUCUUAAUUCAAUAAGAUGUUUUUGUUCAAGCUGGUAUUUACACAUAUAAUUGCAUUAUCACUAUUCAUUCGGUGCAAUGAAUCCAGUGCAUUGUCAUCAAUGUACAGUAUGACUAUAAUUAUCUUAUACCGAUGACACAUGUAGCUUAACGAAGAUCUUGUAACAAUUUGUGCCUGAAAAGCAAAUAUAUUUUGCUGUAUUUUGAAGCAAACUAUUUGUCGACAAAGCAAAUGUAUGCUUUCUCCGAUAUCACUGUAAAGCCUCCAAACGUUAUACCUUAUUAGUUCGCAUUAAAUCGAAGUCUAUUAAUUUGAAAUAUCAAAUAACAUGAAACUAUAUUCUAGGUUUUGAAAAUGAAUUAUUUCAAUAUUUUCCUAUAACGUUCUUUGCAUGUUACCAUGGCAACAACUAUUGUUUUAUUCAUGAGAUGCUUCACGUGGAAGUCAUCAUAUUUCAUCAGCUUUGUUGGGAAAUGUGAGGGAGUUUCUGCAUGCAAGUAGUUCUAGUAUACAACAGAGAAGUUCAGAUUUUAUUUCACUAUCGCUCGCUACCGCUACCAUUAUAUACAGGUCGUUUACAGAUUAGAUGCGUUUGAUAUAUUCGAUUAUAUAACCAAUCAGAUGCGUAGGAAGCCAGUGAUAGGUAACGGUAGCGAAAGUGGAAGUCAAAUCUGAGCCUCUAUUUUAUGUCAGAAUCACCAUAGUAGAUUUUUAAUAGACACACUAAUAAGCCAUUCAUUUGCUUUAUUUAUCAAUUAAAAACUAUAAAAAAUCAGUGGGCAGUGCAUCCUCUAAUCGUUCGCCGUCAUGAUAUUGCAUCACAGUUAGAUAAUUAUUAGAAAUACAUGCUCAUUCAGCAAUCCCUCGCCCUAUUUUUGGCACAUCAGAAAAUCUAAAAUUUCAUUACUGAAAACAUUCUGCCUCGGAAGCAUGUUUCUUUAGUAAUACGAAAAGAAAUAAUAUUAAAUUUUAUUAUUUCCAUGCUAUAAAUAUCAAAUAUAGCGCAAAAUAAAAAUGACUGCAAGUGCUUUAUAUACUGCAGAAUCACCCAUUUUCAGAAUCCAUGCAUAAUAUGACAAGUAUUUUUAUGUUAGUUGUGUCCAACAUCCAUGAUCCAUGUUCAAUAAUGAUUGAAGAAGUCUGGAUCCGCUGAGGUUUAAACAAUUCUCAAAUAAAGCUGCUGUCUAACGUCCAAAGCUAGUCCAUGACUUAAUGGAGGAUGGCUUUGCGAUGUUCUCAUAUAUACCAUGGUAAAACUGUGCAUGACAAAUUAAAUACCUCGUGUUGAGUCUCCGUAUUAACGAGGUCCCAGCAAGUUCGAAUUUGGUACGUAUUCCAAUUAGUUAUCCGUUUCGUAUUAGUAAAUACAGUAGUAUUCCUGCAGGUUGUAUAUAAAAAUCAUCACACUUUUGAAUGCGCAUAAUUGUGAUUGGGUUUAGAAUGUAUUCGCUAAAUUGGUUUUCAAGGAAAACUAAAGCUUUCUGUACUAAAAAGAAAUUAAAGCGUUUUUCUCUUAGGCUAUAGCAUCUAACAGCUCUGAUGAAAAUCAAAAGUUAAACGUUUAUUACGAUUGUUGGUACGAAUUAAAGGUAUGUCAUUUACCAUAAAUUACCAUCACCGUCUUUCUCCACACGUUUGUACAUCAGAAUGUAUUUUACGCCAUCAUUGAAUAUUGGCAUCGCGUAAAAGAAGCACGAUCACGUAUACUUUGAAAUACUCGAUCACGUACUCUUUGAAAAUAAGAAAAUAAACAUAUAGCCCACCUACGAAUCAUGGUUUUACAAUGAAAGGCGUUCUUUUAUCAGUAUUCUAGAAUGAUAAUUUGAAUUUUAUAGGUGGCAGCAGAGGAUGAUUACAUUUGGGCAACAAACGUUGCAGGAAAAAGAACCAGGAUAUUCUACGUACCAA